UAUUUGUCAGGUUCAACUCCAGCCAUGGUUUCCCAGUGGAGGUUGAUUCAGACACCAGCAUCUUCCAGCUCAAGGAGGUGGUUGCUAAGCGACAGGGAGUUCCAGCGACCAGUUGCGUGUGAUUUUUGCAGGGAAGGAGCUCAGGAAUGACUUGACACUGCAGAGCUGUGACCUGCCCCAGCAGAGUAUCGUUCAUAUUGUUCAGAAUCCACAGAAAAAGGAUGAAGAGGUUGAGACAGAAAGCAAAAAUGUCCCUGGCAUUCUAACAAGCAACGGAAGAGAAGCUGAAAGUCUCACUCGGGUGGAUCUCAAUACCAACCUGCUGCCUUCUCGCUCAGCUGGGCUUGCUGUGAUUUUAGACACUGUGGAUGAUGGCAUCUCCCCUCUAUCUGGCAAUUCUGGGUCCAUCUUGCUGGGAAGAUGUUCUGAUUCCAAACAGAAUAGCUGGUGUUUGCCAGUCAAGAAACUGCAGUGGAGAAGUAGCGGAAUUCUACUUUAAAUGUGGAGCACACCCAACCUCUGACAGUGAGACAUCUGUGGCACUGAACCUCAUUACAACAAAUAGUCGGUGCAUAUCAUGUAUAACCUGUACAGAUGUUCGGUAUCCUGCACAGCAGGGGGCCUGUAACCACGACAGAGUCACCUUGGGACUUCAAGUAUGGAGCCCCGUGUUGGUAUUCCAGUGCAUACAUCACCAUGUCAUUUGCCUGGACUGUUUUCAUUUAUACUGUGUCACUAUGCUGAACAAUCGCCAGUUUGUCCAUGACCCUGACCUUGGCUACUCCCUCCCAUGUGUGGCUGGCUGUCCAGAUUCCUUGAUUAAAGAGCUGCAUCACUUCAGAAUUCUGGGCGAGGAGCAGUACAACCGUUACCAGUGCUAUGGUGCAGAAGAGUGUGUUCUGCAGAUGGGUGGCGUCCUAUGUCCUACCCCAGGAUGUGGAGCAGGUCUGCUUCCUGAACCAGAAGUCAGAAAGAUAGUGUGUGAGCCAAGCAAUGGAAUGGGCUGUGGGUUUGUGUUCUGCCGUGAAUGUAAGGAAGAAUACCAUGAAGGAGAAUGCCGCACACUCUUCGAAACUCAAGGAGCCACAGCCCAAGAGGGAUAUGGAGUUGAUGAGCAUGCAGCCCUACAGGCUCGAUGGGAAGAGGCAUCCAAAGAAACAAUCAGAACAACGAAGCCAUGUCCUAAGUGUCAUGUUCCAGUGGAAAAGGAUGGUGGAUGCAUGAAUAUGAAGUGUCCUCGGCCUCAGUGCAGAUUUGAGUGGUGUUGGAACUGUAGCCUAGAGGGGAACAGGACUUGCAUGGGCGAUCAUUGGUUUGACUGAUCACCAAACAACACUGCAAAAACAGCUCAUAUGACAAUAUGCCGGUACUCUAGAAUGUAGACCCACAAGCCACAGCUCCUUCUACCAGGGUCAAAUCCUGAACUCCUUGCUCAGGGAGUGAAUUCCUCAUUAGCCCCAGAUUAAGGAAUUCACCUAAUGAAAACACCUAUUUAUUAGCUCAGAUAUCUAGGUAAAUGAACAAUGAUUUGUUCAGAUGGCCCUUAUGCUUCCUAAAUUCAUGAUGACAUGAAAAAUGUAGAGGGCUCGUGCUUUCAUUUGUUCUAGUACGUUACCCCUUGCUCCACCAACACCCCCUAGUGGUGUUCCUCCUCUGGGGAAAUGGGUAGUGUUACCAGUGUCAGUUUAUCUCUUAAUGGGUUUGGUUCUUUUAUCUAAGACUGAAUCUCUUUAAGUAUUUUAUUGGCCACACAUGAUCGAGACUUACGCCGAAGUGGCUUACUCAAAGCUGUUUUAAACCGCUAUGGUUUUAUGUCAGUCACUGUUUCAGUUUGUUGCUGGGCUGAGUUCUUCACAACUUUGCCUCAAAACGAAUGACCUUUUCGCAUUUUUUAGAACAGCCCAGUCUCUUCUCAGACAAGUUUUCAGUUGUAGCAUAGCAGAAAUUGUAGAUGCUACAUUUUGGGGAACUGUUUAGCAUUAUUUCCUGUAACAUCUGCAUUUUCAGCAUAUGCUAUGAUAAGUCACCUAAUACAUUGAUUCCACUUUCAUACACUAUGUUUCCAUGUCAACAUCCAUUAAAGUCAUGUGGCAUUGAUAAUUUCCACCUCAUGUGUUCUGCUUGGCAAACAGUAGUUAGACCUACAGUGUUACAUGAGCAAUAUUUGGAAUUGUAAUUCAUUUUUUGACAGGCCUCCAUGAAAGUUAAGCUCAUGUUUUAAAACAUUGUGUUUUAAACGUGUUGUAUGUGCAGUCAAAAUCCACUGUUGCCGUCUUGCUCAUGGAAUGUUCUGUUUUUUAUCUGACAGAGGCAAAAUGAUUUCCUACAAAUUCCCUUCUCUGCUGCAGCCCCCUGUGUCCCAAGGAUUGGGGGACCUUCCAGAAUAUUAUGGAAGGUGACAUGAGGUCUGCAGUGGGAAAGGGCCCCCCUCUUAGGUUAGCAGACACCUCUGCUGGAUCACAAGCCAUCCUAUGGGCAGCACAGCAUCUCUCACAUGGAUCUAGGCAGUUACUCCAUAAAUAUGUACAGUACUGUACUACAACUGCCAAGAAACACCUUAGUGGUUGCUUUAAUCAAAGAUCAGUGCUUUUAAGUUACCAAAGUCUGAGUUUGUUUAGGCACAGUUUGGCUGAUCCAGGAAGGAAUUUGAUGCCUGCUGGAUACUAUAUGUUGGUGAUGAUUGAUGCCUAACAAUUUAAGAGUGGAACAAGACAGGAUGGCAACAGAUCCAUGUCUUCAUAUGCAGACUGCCACCGACUAGCUGUAAAGCAGGAUGGGGGUGAUUAAGAAAAGUGACAGGCAGAAGGGGAUUUCCUAGCCAUUCCUCUACCUGUUGCUUUUCGGCCCACGACCCCUUCCCAAACCUCAGUUUCCUCCCUAGUUGGACUUAUUUCAAGUCUUGGACCCCAGUUAGGGAAGGGAAGCUUGGGAAAGGAAGCUUCAAAAAAGAUCAAGUGUGGAAAUUAGCAAUCACUUCUCCAUCAGGUUAAUAUGUUAACAUGAAUAGCUUCACACUGGCAAAUUCUGACAAAUGGAAGCCACUCUUUCAAGAAAUUGACUUAUUAGGUGUCUGAAAUUAUGACUGCCAAAAAACAAAGAAAAGAAUGGGAAAGGAUUAGGGAAUAAGCUUCUGUACAUGUCAUUUAUCAGAGUCCAACACUAUCUCUUCCUCAUAUCAGCGAAUCUACUUUUCACAGAAAUAAGAUGCACAAUCAAAGAAGUUUGCUCUCAUGCUGAAUCAAAUCAAUUCUCUUUGUGAUGUCUGGCUUGAGAAAUUCAGGAUAAGCAUCAAAAGAAAAUAAUAAAGUUCAUAUGUUUACUUUUC